AUGUCCAACAACAACGACACCACUCCGAGCGCUGUGGAGGAGCUGCGCGUGCAGCAACAAUGUUUCCGCGACGAGGGCGACAGGCUAGCCGAGGACGCUCUACAGGUGCGCAUCGAGGAUGCACAAGAACCUCUGCGCCAGCAGGAAACCCUCGUUGCUGCCUCUGCCGCCGCCGUUGCCUCUGGCAGCAGAUGCACCCCUCGGGCUGAUCCCUCGGAUCUUUUUGAUGCCUGUGGUCGUGCUUGGUGCGAGUACCAUGGGCGCUUCACCCCAUCCCACAGUACCAGGUACUGUAGUGCGCGCCAGGCGCACGAGCGUAGACCGUGUCUCCUGGCAAGCUCAGGAGAGAUCCCGGGUUGCAGCCCUGCAAAUCCUCGUGAAUAUUGCGUCUGGUCGCUCCUCCUCAGGAGGCAUUCAAAAGCCCCGAGCCCAGGGCAAAGGCAAAGAAUCGCCAAGCUCAAGGCUGAAAAAGGUUCAAGCAAGAACUUGCCUGCCCGCGGUCCUCUCAGGAAGGACCCCAACGAUGACGAGGGUGGCCCAGACUCUGGUGCCUCGAAGCAAAUCACUGUCUAG